CACUCGAUUCCCCCCCGACCUCGCCUCAGCCGUUUCCCACCACCCGGCGUCCCCCCCGCACCAUCGACCGCGUUUCCCCCUGCCGUUUCCCGUGGAGGGGAAACGCCGAGGCCCUCGUUUCCUCGAUUCCCUCUCUCCUCGACCCCCAUGGCUUAGACUCUGAGCAUUUCCACGGAUCUUCGCCCCCCAUUUCGACGAAUUUUGGGGAAUUUUGGAGGGUUUUUGGGCGAUUUUUUGGUCGUUUCCACCAUUGUGUUUGAUAGGGAGUAGGGUUCGAGCUUCGGGGAGUCGAAGAUUGGGGGAGGUGAUUGCAUUAAAGAAUGUCACAUAGCUCUCCCUUUGAUGAGCAUACUGGAGCAAAUGACGGAGCUAUUGACUUCCCUUCAAUCGGGGAUGGGCACUUUGUUUUUGAAGACAAGAACCUGGUUUACAACGAUGAAGACCAUGUCCAGCAUGAGCUCGAGAUACAGCUAGCGGAAGAAAGUCAAACUGAUGUAAGUGCGACCGUGUUGUGGAAACACGUUGUUAAAGGUAAAAAAUGCGGAAGCGCUCAUGGUGGUUCUCAUAUAUUUAAAUGUAAGCAUUGUCAGAAGGUAUAUCAUGGUACCUACACGCGCGUUUACGCCCAUUUAAUGGGCCAUAAGAAAGGUGAGAGCAAAGGAAUCGGUUAUUGUUCCGCGGUGAAGGCUGAUAAAAACUUACAAAUGCAAAUAAAAAGAGAGGUUGAGCAGGUCGAGAGUUCGCCCAACAUCGUACCGUUGAAAAAGUCAAAGCUAACCCUGAGUUCAGGAAUGGGCUCCCAAGGCCCAUCUUUAGCUUUGUCGUAUGUCGGCCCAUAUGAGAAAGAUUAUUCAAUGCAGAAUAGGGAGGAGGUGGAUUCUAAAGUGAUGCGGUGUUUAUGUGCUAAUGGCAUUCCUUUCAGUGUGUUGAAAUCUCCAUAUUGGGAAGAAAUGGUGUUGGCAAUUAGUAGGGAAUUGGGUUAUAAGUGUCCAACGCUCGAAAGAGCACAAACCAUUUUGUUAGAAAACGAAAGGAACAGGGUUGAAAGGGAAUUCGACGAUUUCAGGCAAAAGUGGCCGCAAUACGGAAUUUCGAUUCUUUCGAAUGGUUGGGCUGACAUAAAAACCCAACCUUUGAUUAAUGUUGUGGCCUCAAACCAGUUCGGGUCCAUGUUCUUACACGCUUUUGACUUCUUAGCGGUCGAGAAGUCCCAGAAAAGCAUUUCAGACUAUUUAAUGGACGCUAUUGAGAAAGUGGGGCCAUCUAACGUGGUUCAGUUGGUAACAGAAAAUGCCAUCGAGUGUAAAGAAGCAAGUGAGGAGGUGGAGAAGUCAUACCCUUUCAUAUUUUGGAGCCCUUGCAUGGUUCACACUUUGAAUAUGAUCUUAAAAGAUUCUAUUAGGUAUCUCCCUUGGCUCGAAAAUACUUACUUGACGGCCAAAAAUGUAGUGAACUAUAUAUUAUAUCAUUUCGAAGCUGUCGAAAUUUUCGAGAGUUAUUCGAGGUUGGAAUUGUUGAAAGUUGCAGCAAAAGGAUAUGCCUCGCACUAUAUUACUCUUCGUCUUCUACUUGAUUUGAGAGAAACUCUAAAAGCCGCUGUUUUAUCUGAUAAUUGGGAGCGAUGGUCAAGCUUUCCUAAAUUAGAUGAGAAAGUAAAGCUUUCCGGACAAGCUGUUAAAGUAGCAGUCAUGUCAGAGGAUUUUUGGGAAGCAGUUCAAUUGGCUCUAUUUAUAAUUAAACCUAUAUACAAAAUGAUCAAGUUCACCGAUCAAGAUGGGCCCAUUAUUGGGGAAGUUUGCGAGCGAAUGGAGAACAUGCUGGGGGAGAUUAAAGAAAAUUUCAGGGGUCGAGAGGAAAUUUUUAUGGUUCUGCAACAAAAGGUCUUCACUUGGUGGGACAAAAAGAAUUUCCCACUGCAUUGCUUAGCUUAUGCGCUCACACCGAAGUAUUAUGAUGAAGAAUAUCUCCAAAUUCCUGCACCUGGCGGCAGGCAGAGAUGCCACCCGGCACAGGAUGAUGAUAUUUUCGAUACUGCCACCGCUGCUAUUUGCAAGAUGCACCAAAAUAUUGAGCAAUCAGAUACUAUUCGUUUACAAUUUUUGGCUUUUACCGAAAGGAGGGGGAAAUUUUCAACUGCUACAGCCAAAAGAGAUGCCAGAAACCCUAAAAUUAAUGUAUUACAAUGGUGGAAGUUCCAUGGAGGGGAUACGAAAGAGUUGAGAGAUGUUGCAUUUAAAGUAUUAGCGCAGCCAAUCAGCAGUUCAUCUCUCGAGAGACCAUGGAGUACCUAUAGCUAUAUCCACAAUGCAAAGCGAAAUAGAUUAAACUCAAGUUGCGCUGAUGAUCUUUUAUUUAUACACACAAAUUUACGAUUACUAUCCAGGUGUAAUUCAAACUAUAAGCAUGGGCCCUAUAGAAAAUGGGAUGUUAAUCCAGAGAUUCCCCUUAUGGAUGAGUGCGCUUUGCAGCUGGAGGAUUUGUGCUUUUUGGGUCUUGAUGACGAGGAUUCUUUGAAACAGUCUUCCCUCACCUACAACCCGUUACAAGAACUUAUUCGGAUUAUUGAGGGCGUCCCAUCAGAAAAUAAUCAAUCCGGCGACCAAAGUCAUGCCACUAGUUUGAUACGUCCGAGUGGUGGGAAAGGAGGAAGAGUUCGAGGUGGUGGUGCUUCUUGUAGAAUUGAUCCGAAGGGAAAGACGAAAAAGUUCUUGUAGCGUAAAAAUGCUUGAAAAACCAUCUAAACUACUGCAGGUCAUUUUUGCUUAUGAUUCCAAUAGAAAUGAAAUACCACAUUAUUCUCUCGUGCAUAUCCUUUUCUCUGGUAAAUGAGCUGUGAUUAAAGUAAGAGAUUUGCUGUUGCAAUUUCCUUAUGUUUUAUCCUGUAUUUUCAGUCAAUUAUUUAUAGCAUAGUUAUCUUUUCCCCAAAGAAUUUGAGAUACUUAUGUUUCUAUUAUUAACUUCAAACUUCUGAGUUUACUCGGGAAGAUUACUAGGAAAAAGACAACUUACUGGCGUUGGAUUGGUGCACCACUAUAUGAGUAUAUUCAUAUAACUGCCCUCCCUAAAUGUCAAGGUAAUAUUCCUAUUCUUUCCUUUUUUUUCCUUGGUUAACAUUAUUCAGGGCACUCCCAGUUUGAAGAUCGUACAAAACCUUUCUGAGUAGGCAGUCUUAUCCACAGGAGAAAAGGAAUCGUCUACACCAAAGCGCAUUGUGUUGAGGAGUUGAACACCUGAGAUGUCUGGGGCUUCUUUGCUAUUCCAGAAUUGAAGCUGGACUUUUGAGCACUGCUGGAAGAAAAACUGAACACAAGCUAGAGCACGAAUGAAGCUGAUUCCCUGUUACAGUCAAAUUGCUUAGCUGUUUUCUUGUUUGAUCUCAAGUUUGAAACUCAAAUGUACUUGUUUCGAGGUCAGAACUUGAUAUUUACUCCGUCAAUCACAAAAGUUUCAUCCUUGAUCUAUGCUCUAUUCAA